UUCGAAGGCCUACGAGGGCCUGGAGGGAUGUUGGAUUGCGUGCGCAAAAAGGAAGACCGAACCUCACACCUGCUUCCGUCUGCGGGACACGAUAUAAGACCCUGAGCCCUGUAGUGAACUAUGCCUUCGUACGCCAUCAUAGGGGGGUCCCGUGGCAUCGGUCUGGAGUUUGUCCGUCAGCUCGCACUGAAUGAGGAGAAUACCGUCUUCGUGACGGUCCGCAACAAGGACAAGUCCACACACCUGCGCGCCACCGUGGCCCAGCUGCCGCACAAGAACGUACGCAUCCUACAAGCGGACGUGGUGGACAAGCAAGCGAUCAAGAAUGCGGCAACUGAGUUGGGCAGGCUCUCCGGCGGUGGCUUAGAUAUCCUGAUAUACAACGCGGCUCGCCUCGAAUUUGACAAUUUACUUCGCGGGCCUGGAGACUACGACAAUGACGAGGAAUUGGACGAGGAGUUCAUACAGUCCUUCAAAGUGAACGUACUAGGGCCCAUUCACAUCGUCAACAACUUCCUGCCGCUCCUUCGCAAAGGCUCUGCGAAGAAGAUUAUCAUCUUGGGCAGUGAAGGGGGCGAGCGUAGCUUCGUGCAACACGUGCAUAUCUCUGGAUUAGGCGCAUACGGCGUAACAAAGGCCGCGGAACACAUGGUCGCGACGAAGUACGCCGUUGCCCUCGAGAACGAAGGUUUCACUGUCGUGUCCGUGAGUCCGGGCUUCGUGGAUGUUUCUGGUACUAACAGCGAGCCGCUGUCCGAAGGGGACGCUUCGAAGUUCAACGAUCUCGUGGUCCAGCACUUCGCGGCUUUUCCGAACGCAGGCACGCUGCUUACGCCUGAACAGGCUGUAAAGCGGCUACUGCUUGACAUCAAUAACAUAGGCCCCGCGGAGUCUGGAACUUUCAGACCAUACCCGGAAUUUGACACGAACAAGCGGUAGAGGGUCAUCGGGGAUUGCAGUGUCCCGUCUGUGUAUUGGGAGUCAGACUGUCGUACAAUUCACUUGGACUCAACUCAGCCACUGCAGCAGCGAGACGGCGCAUCACUGAGAUGUUUGUGGUGAUCACUGGAUUCCGUAGCAAUGUGGAAGGUGAGAGAUCCUCCGAAGAAUGGUUCCUCGGAGUACGAGAACUUACCGCUCG